GAGGGCUUCAACAAUCGACAACGCAUGUUCCUUUUUCACACUCGGAACUGCAGUAGCUUUUAAUGGUCGCGUCCCAUGUUCAAUGUUCAUUUCUUCCUUACCCAAAAUUUUCCCUCGAUUCAUAUCAUUUCCUCUUCCAGUUCUCCUACCCAAUCCACGGUGGCUUUCUAAGACUGCCCCCAAAGUUCCUGCAGUAACUCAGAACCUCAAAGACUGCGUUCGAAUUUUCUUCGAUGCCAGAAAGAAGCAGAAAUAUGCUGGGUGCUCGUUUGCAUUGGUUUCGGCGCUGAAGUCAUGUUCCUCUUCCUUAGCCUCCUUUCAGGGCCGACAAGUGCAUUGUUUGGUCUUAAAAUCCGGGCUCCAGCCUCACAUAUUGAUUCGGAACAGUUUGAUCAAUAUGUAUGCAAAAUGUGGUUUCGUUGAUGAUGCCCGAUUGUUGUUUGAAGUUUGUUUUGAGUUGGAUCCUGUGUCCUGUAACAUUAUGGUUGCUGGGUAUAUGAAAGCUGGUCGAUUAGACGAUGCUCGCCUUCUGUUUGGCAAAAUGCCCGGUAAAGGUUGUGUUUCUUACACCGCCAUGAUAAUGGGUCUUGUUCAACAUGGUUGUUGGAAGGAAGCCAUUGAAGUCUUUUUGGACAUGAGGUCCAAUGAUGUCAUCCCAAAUGAGUUAACAAUGGUGAAUGUGAUCUCUGCUUUUUCACACCGUAGCGAAAUUUGGAGCUGCCGCAUGCUUCAUGCCUUGGUUACUAAAUUAAACAUCGAGGAAUUGGUUCGUGUUUCAACGAAUUUGAUGCAUGCAUAUUGUCUUUGUUCAGGUCUAGAGGAAGCAAGAAGACUCUUUGAUAGGAUGCCUGAACGGAAUUUAGUUUCUUGGAAUGUGAUGUUGAAGGGAUAUUCAAAGGCAGGCCUUGUUGAUGCGGCCAAGGAAUUGUUUGAGAAAUUUCCUAGUAAAGAUGUCAUUUCUUGGGGGACAAUGAUUGAUGGUUAUGUGCGAAAAGAAUCUUUAUGUGAAGCUUUUAUGACGUACUGUGCAAUGUUACGUACUGGGCUCCAGCCUAAUGAAGUCAUGCUUGUAGAUUUGGUUUCAGCGUGUGGUCGGUUGAUGGCAAUUGGUGAAGGUCAACAGUUGCAUUCAACGAUAGUUAAGAUAGGUUUCGUUUCUUGCGAUUUUAUUCAGACUACGAUUAUCUGUUUUUAUGCAGCUUGUGGAAUGAUGAAUCUUGCCUAUUUGCAAUUUGAGGUCGGUGUAAAGGAUCACCUUGAAUCAUGGAAUGCCCUCAUUGCAGGAUUUGUUAAACAUGGAAUGAUAGAUCAAGCAAGGAGAAUUUUUGACGAGAUGCCUGAAAGAGAUGUAUAUUCAUGGAGUACCAUGAUUUCCGGCUACUCACAGACUGAUCAACCUAAUGUGGCUCUAGAACUCUUCCAUGCAAUGGUAUCUAGCGGGAUCAAACCAAAUGAAAUCACAAUGGUAAGCGUACUCUCUGCAAUAGCCACUCUAGGCGUGUUGAAGGAAGGGAGAUGGUUCCAUGAAUAUAUAUACAAUAACUCCAUUCUUUUGAAUGACAAUCUAUGGGCGGCUCUGAUUUAUAUGUAUUCAAAAUGUGGGAGCAUCAACACUGCGUUACAAUUGUUUAAUCAGAUUCAAGAUAAAACGUCCACCGUGUCACCAUGGAAUGCAAUCUUCUGUGGGUUAGCCACACAUGGACAUGCAAAUAUAUGCCUAGAGAUUUUCUCUGACCUGCAGAGAUAUCACGUCAGACCCAAUUCAAUUACAUUUAUAGGAGUCCUCAGCGCUUGUUGUCAUGCUGGGUUGGUGGAGUCGGGGCGGAGAAUUUUUCAGAGCAUGAAAAGUGUGUAUGGUUUGGAGCCAAAUAUAAAGCAUUAUGGUUGUAUGAUCGAUCUCCUAGGUAGAGCAGGACAGUUAGAAGAAGCUGAGGAAUUGGUGAGGAGCAUGCCAAUGAAGGCUGAUAUUGUGAUAUGGGGAACUCUGUUAGCAGCAUGUAGAACUCAUGGAAAUGUGGAAAUAGGAGAGAUGGCCGCGAGAAGUUUGGCGGCGUUGGAGCCAUCUCAUGGCGGAAGUAAAGUUCUGUUAUCGAACAUAUAUGCAGACGCAGGACGGUGGGAGGAUGUAUCGAUGGUAAGGAAAGUCAUGCAGACCCAGAAAACGAAUAGAAUGCCUGGGUGUAGUGGUUUUGUAAGACGUUGAUGAAGCUAAUGGGUCGUG